ACUCCUCCCUCGUCCUCUCUCCCUCUCCUCCCCUCCUCCUCCCCUCUCUGAUUCCCUUCGUUUCUCUCCCCCUCGACUUGCUCCAGGGGCCAGAGAUUCGAUCCCCCCCCUCCCGUCGACCCACCUGCGUCAUGCACAAGAUCUCCAACUUCACGGGCCAAGCCCGUCAUGGUUGGGAACGGAUGACUCCGACUUUUGGCAUGUCUCGCCCUCAUGCGGACAUGACUUCGCACUCCCUCCGUCGACCGCAUGGUGCACCGCCGAUGACUCCCCCGACCGGCAUCGAUCCGACCGUCAACCUCUCCUUCAACGUUCCCUUCUCCUCCACCCUUAGUGGGCCCGACGCCGACGACGUGCUCCAUGCGACUCCGGGUGCCCUCCACCGCUGGUCCUUCCCCGAGGGUACCCCCGAAGGCACCCCCGUUCACAGCCUGCCCGUCCACACCAGCAACGUCGAGACCCUGCGGAGACUCUGCCGUCAGAUCACCGAGGGUAGCAAUGGAAGGAUCGAGGCCUCCGUCAGUUCGUCGGAGCCCAAGACGGUCCCCUCCUUACAACGUCGCCCCCAGGGCUUGGUGACGAACGUUUGUAUCACGGGCGAUGGCGAGACGGUGCGCAAGAUGCGGGCCAAGAUCUUAAAUGAGACCCCGAUUCUUCUGCGAUGUGCCACCGUGGACGUGGACAUGCACCUCUUCAUGGACGGAUCGGCCCAGGGAGUUCGGGAUAAUGUGUUGGGGCAUCUGAACAAGUUGGCCGAGUACACCGGUACGGACAUCUUCCUGCUGAGCCCGAAACUCCGAGACACGGACAGUGCGGUGGUGUCAUCCUAUGGGUAUGCUUCGGACAACGGUCUGGAUCAUCGCUUUCGCGUGUCCAUUUAUGGCGACAUGGAGAGUGCGGAACAUGCCAAGGCUCGGGUCUUGAUCUUGAUCGAUCAGAUCCUCAAACGUGAGGUGGACGCGAUGAAGUUGGAGUUGACCAUGCACACUCUGGUGUGUGGCCGCACCCGCAAGAACAUCAAGCUCAUCGAGGCCGCCACUGGGACCGCCAUUUACUUCCCCCCACCCUUCCCGCGCAUUUUCGGUUACACUCCUCCGGGCGCCCACCGUCGCAGCGAGGACGAAGUCUACAUCACCGGGGAGACCAAGGAUCAGAUCGCUCGCGCCAAGCAGAAGCUGCGGGAGUUGGUGCUGGGAGUCAAGAUCUACGUCAAGGAUGUCAUUGUGAACUCGAACAAGAUCGACAAUGUGCUGCUGGAUCGCUUGGAUAAAGUGCGGAAGGUCAUGGAGAUGAACGGUUCUUACGUUCUGUUCCCCCAGUUGGGCAGCCAACGCGGCCUGGUCCGCGUCCAGGGCUCGGAGGUCUUGCAUGUGGAGCGUACAGUUCGGGAGAUCAUGGCUUUGGCUGGCCAGUUUUAUAGCGCGUCGUGGUGGAUCGUCAUGCCCGACCCCUCGCAAGGCGGUUUCCGCGCCCCCUCCGCUCCCGAUGUCCGCACCAUGCUGUCCGACAUCUGCAGCAACUCCGGCGCCGAAGUCAGCUUCGACAACCUGACCUUCACCAUCAACGGUUCGGACGAUGCCGUCAAGGCCGCGAUGAUGGUCAUCAACCAAAUUCCCUUCGUCCACCGAAGUCAGUACCAGAUGCGGGUGAAGAUCGAGUUGGCCAAUGAGCACAAGGAAUUCGUCAGUGGGAAGAAGAACGGCAAGAUCAACAAGAUCAUGGGUCAAAGCAACGUGCAAAUCAUCUUCGACGGCUUCAACGAGUACAACUUCUACAUCGACGUUUGCGGGAACCAAUACGAGUCGACGAAGAAUGGUCUGGAUCUCGUCGAACAGGAGAUGCCAGCUUCGAUCUCAUUCCAUGUGCCGGAUCAGUACCACAAACGGAUCAUCGGGAUCGGCGGUCAGCACAUCCAGCGCAUCAUGAAGAAAUACUCGGUCUUUGUGAAAUUCUCCAACGCCAUGGAUCGUGGCGGUAUGGGCAAAGAGGAUGACGAUAUCAAGGUCGACAAUGUCAUCUGCCGGACCCCGGCGCGUAAUGCGCAGAGUCUGGACCUGGUCAAGCAGGAGAUCAUGGACAUGGUGGAGAAGGUCGAUGCUGAGUACGUCUCCGAACGGGUCCUGAUCAAUCGACUGUACCACCGGGAGUUGCUGGCGCGCAUGACCGAGAUCGAUGAGCUCGAGAAGAAGUGGAACUGCAAGAUCGAGUUCCCGAGCACAGAGCUGGCCAGCGACGUCGUAACCAUCUCGGGUCCCGAAUACCAGGUGCCCCAGGCGGUUGAUGCCUUGCUGGGCAUGGUCCCCGAGAGUCACGAACUCCUCUUCCAGAGCUCCCCCGAACUACGCGAGUUCUUCCAGUCCGCCGACUUCCGCGACGACGUCUGUGGCAAGCUGAAGGACCAGUACGAGGUCGAGACCUCUGUCAACGUAAGUUCGGACACCGCUUCGCCCGUGUCGGACGGCGGGUCGCCGCCCUUCCCCCCGGAGGACCGCGUGCUCCUUGGAUAUACGCGCAACAACGCCGGUGGACUCAAGGACGCCAUCGACUUCUUGAUUUCUCGGCUGGUUGCCCACGGAUUGGAUGCCACUACCGUCAAGGGCGCCAUCCCGCGCCCCAAGUCGGACUCGUUCGAGGAGUCCCUCCCCUUCUUUGAUUCCAAGUUGCUGCAGCACGCGCCCGUUCCCCUUGUGACGGAUUCCCCCACCCGACCCAACUUCUCCGAUGAGACCAGUGAGCGUGGCUCGAUCUUUGAGAGACUGCGGAAGCCUGGUAGCAUUUCGUCGUUCUCCUCGUUCAUUGGCCGCAAGAACCACUCGGCCUCCCCCGGUUCGUUCUUCAAACAUGCCUCGAGCAAUGCCUCCAAGGCAUCCCUUGUUUCCAUGGAGUCGCGUGACAGCGGAUAUCGCAACCCGUGGAAUGAUUCCGGCGUGAAUCUUCCCGAGGACGACAUCCCGGUUAUUGGCAGCUCCCAUAGCCACAGCAGCAGCAAUGGCUGGCCCGCGCGCUUUGACACGAAAUUUCCAUUCGGUACCGCGCCGGGGGACAUGACCCCUAAGCAUGACCCUCGCGCGUCUUUUGACAGUGGUCGUCCUAGCACUUCCAAUUCUACUUCUGGAUACCCGGCCCCUAUCGGGCCACCGCGUUAAAGACAAUGUCAGUUUGCAGCAGUAUACCCCAAGAAAUUUUGUCUUUUUUUAUUUUCUUUUUAUUUUCAGUCAGCGAUUGAUUUGUUUCGGCUCUUAUCCUGUUUUAUCCAUUGUUUUGAUACCACAGUAAGCAUCCAAGAUACCAGAAAAAUUUGUUCUCAGCCGGAGGAACAAACAGACAGAGAUGGAGUCCCCAAUUUGAGUCGCGUCUCGGUUUGAUUUAUACCCUUCAGUUGUCUGGAUU